AUGGACAGAAGUUCCACUCUCCUCUUUUUUCUUAUAAUUUUCAUUCUACUAUUACUACAUGCCAAUGCUAAUAAUAUUAGCACUGAUGAAUCUGCUCUUCUUGAACUUAAAUCACACAUUUCUAACAAUAUCAUAGCAACAAACUGGUCUGCUUCCGUCCCGGUUUGCAGCUGGAUUGGAAUCACUUGCAGCUCCCGUCACCAUCGAGUCACUUCUUUAAACAUUUCUAGCAUGCAACUUUAUGGUACCAUUCCUCCGCACAUUGGAAACCUCUCAUUUAUUUCUUCCCUUGAUUUCAGUAACAACACUUUUCAUGGAGAUUUGCCACAAGAAUUGGCUCAUUUGCAGAGGUUGAAAUCAAUUAAUGUCACAAGCAAUAACUUCACCGGAGCCAUUCCAUCAUUUUUAAGUUUGUUACCAUACCUACGCUUUGUGCAACUAUCAAGCAACCAAUUUUCUGGGAAAAUUCCAUCCUCCCUUUCCAAUAUAACAAAGCUGCAAAUGUUAUUCUUGGAGAGAAUUUUUCUUGAAGGAGAGAUCCCUCGAGAAAUCGGUGAUCUUUGUUACUUGACUAUCCUAGACCUGCAAAUUAAUCAACUUAGUGGCUCUAUACCACCAUCCAUUUUUAACAUUACUACAAUGCAUGUGAUUGCUCUUACGGAUAGCAAUCUUACUGGAAAUCUUCCUAUAACUAUAUGUGAUCAUCUUCCAGACUUGAAAGGACUUUACCUCAGUAAAAACUCCCUAGAUGGAGUUAUUCCACCAAACCUGGAGAAAUGCAGAAAGCUUCAAAAAUUGGAAUUGGGUGACAAUGAGUUUAUUGGAACUUUACCAAGAGAGCUAGCUAACUUAACAGCUCUUACAUAUUUAUCUAUUUCAGAUCUGCAUUUGGAAGGUGAGAUACGAAUGGAGUUCGGUAAUCUUCAGAAACUUCACGAGUUGGAUUUAGCACAGAAUGAGCUAACUGGCUCUGUUCCUCACAACAUUUUCAACAUGUCAGCACUGCAGAAUAUAGAUUUUGGAGAAAAUAAGCUUUCAGGUACUCUACCUUCAGAUUUAGGUCGUGGAAUGCCCAAUCUAGAAAUAUUUUAUUGUGGAGGAAAUAAUCUGAGUGGUUUUAUCUCUGCUUCAAUCUCAAAUUCAUCAAAACUCAGACAACUUGACCUCUCACGAAAUAGUUUCACAGGUACAAUUCCUAAAUCACUUGGUAACUUAAAAUACCUUGAGUUACUUCACUUGCUGUCGAAUAAUUUUGUCAGCGAUUCAACAUUGAGCUUCCUUGUAUCAUUGACAAACUGUAGGAAUCUAAGAGCACUCACGUUAGCAGGUAAUCUGUUGGAUGGUGUAUUGCCUGCAACUGUUGGUAAUUUCUCAAACUCCUUGCAAAUUUUUGAAGCAUCUAAAUGUAAACUGAAGGGUGUCAUUCCUCGAGAAAUUGGUAAUCUUACUGGACUGAAAAGGAUUGGUAUGUUUAACAAUGACUUAACUGGACAUAUUCCAAAAUAUUGUACAUGGCAUGUCGAUCCUUUAAGAACUUUACUUAUUGAACAACAAAAUGAUGGGCCUUUGCCUCCAUGUUUAUCAGUCGAAUCAUCAUCUACAUAUGCUUCUAGUGUAUCGCCGAAGGCACUCGAAUCGUUAGUUGAAUAA